UAUCCCCUCAUACAGUAUAGUAUACAACCAAUUAUCAAUCACUGUCUAAGGCACCUCAAGCCAUUAGGACGAGGUUCCCGUACUCUUUUACUGUCUCGAUUGUUCCCUUCAUAUCUCAAUGAUAAGGUCACCUUACUGGAAGAUUUAGUUGUCGAACUCAAGCUCGGAAGCCUCAACGCCUCAGAGUUUAAAAACUCAAAGGUCCAGCCCGGCCAAGCCAAGAAUAGACCACGACGUUCCCGGAAACGACUGCAUAGCAUAACAAAACCAGCAACUGAGAGACGGCGGCAAAAACCAUGACAAGCCAGGCGUCGACGCAAACGCCUCUUCCCCGCGUUUCUAUCCAGUUUUGCACGCAGUGUAAAUGGAUGUUACGAGCUGCCUAUUAUGCUCAAGAACUCCUCUCCACGUUCUCAACAGGCCUCGGAGAGGUCGCUCUUCAGCCUUCUACAGGCGGGACUUUCAUCGUGACUAUCACGCAUCAAGCCCCUGGUGCAGGCAUUGCUUCUACAAAGACCCUCUGGGAUCGACGGGAAGAUGGGGGCUUUCCUGAGACGAAGGAGCUCAAGAGGAGGGUGAGAGAUGUCAUUGAACCAGGAAGAGAUCUAGGCCAUGUUGAUAGGGAUCACGGGAAGAAGGAGGAGACAGCGAAAGACAAGCCAGUUGAGACGGAGAAAUGUGAGGAUUGUCAGUAGCAUUUCUCAA